AUGGAUUGGCUAUUUCUUCCUAUCUCUGGUGCAGAUACAAUGAUUUCAGGCUCUGUUGAUAGUGGUGGCCGUAAGACGAGAUACAAAGCAGGGCCUAGUAGUGGCACCAAUGAUAAAAAUAGAAGCCAAGAGCCUUUGUCAAACCUGCAAAAAGGAGGUCCCUUUGGGAACCUAAGAGGCCUUGUUUUGCUGAACCUUUCCAACAAUUCUCUCACUGGUCGCAUCCCCUCGUCUUUAGGGGACUUGACUGUUCUUGAAUCGUUAGAUCUCUCCCAGAACCAGCUCUCAGGAAGGAUCCCCAAUAAUUCAGCACAACUCACUUUUCUUGCAUAUUUUAAUGUAUCCAAUAACCAUCUCUCCGGGCCUAUAACACUUGGCAAACAAUUCGAUACCUUCCAGGAGAAGGACCCGUACAAAGGAAACUCUGGUUUGUGUGGAAAGCCUCUGUCAAAGAAAUGUGAAGAUUCUGAGAGCUCAACGCAGCCACCACCAUCAAUCGUGGAAGAAGAUGAAGACUCAUUGCACUAG